GCCAGUCCGGCUGCUCCUCCCCGCGGCGUUCUGAAUCCGCUCUUCACCAAUGGUCAGCAGCGACGUGACGCGCCUCCACCCCCUGGGGCCGACACUGCGCUGCCUGCGAGCUUCGGGUUAGCGCUUGAUCCUUUCAAAGUUCCGGUCGAUGGCGGGGUUCAAUGGCCCACUUCAAGGCAGACAGCUUGUGAGCCGCAAGAGACUCAAGGACUCGACCCGUCGCAAAUCGCGUCGAGUUCGAGCCAGUCGGAGAGAAAAGCCAUGCAAGAAGUUGCGAUGACAAAGUACGAUCAUGUCUGGGACCUCAACCGUUACGAUCCAGAAGAGCAGUCUCGCAUCGAUGCUCUCAAGCGAAGACCGCCGGCAAAGUGGAUGCUGGAGGGAAGGCCGACAGGAGGCAGAUCCGGCUACCUGGAAGUUAUGCGAGAAGGCAGCGGACUCUCCGGGCAGAUGACACAGCAGCAAUUCAACCGUCAAGAUUCCAGCUUUCGACGCAAGCUGCGCAAGGUACUAAGCGAGUACCGCAACCGAACUACGGAAUUGCUGGAAGCGGAAAAAGCUUCCCGGGAACAGACACUCUCCUUGCGGAAGACUUGGUCGUUUUCCAAACUUGUCGAGCGUGGGCUUGCGAUAUCAGAUCUCCAGGCAUACUGGCUCAGCAGCAAUGCCAGACAUUAUGGCAAGAGGGUCGCUGUCUUUCGCAAGGUCGGCAUGCAGAGUUUCGGCUGGAACAAACUUCGUCCUGGAGACUGCGUCGUCUUGACCCCCCAAGAGGCCCUUGGCGAGUCGAUCUUGCUGGAGGAGCCGGUCAUUGAGGGGACCCUGAUUGAUAAAGGACGGACGAGGGUCAGAGUUGCCUUUGACGAAAAGUACGCACAGGUCGACGUGGAAGGUGUGCUAGCGUGGCGUAUGGACCAAGGCAGCAAUGAUCUCUUCGAGCGACGCAUAGAGCGUGCGCUAGAGGCAAUCGAGCAUGAUGUCGACUUUAUCGAGAGUCUCGCCUUCCAUGACAGCCAAGUCCGACUUUCCGGUUGUAAGGUCAUUGACGCUGUAUUAGGUAUUCCGCCUCCUCCGACGCGCCGCGCAACCGGUGCUUUCAGCCAGAAUUCAGCGCUGCAAGACUGGCUAUCGCGCAUUUCUCAUUCUCUGCAAAAGAGCCAGGAUCCGCAGAUUGGUCUGAAUACGUCGCAGGUAAAAGCGAUCGCCGCGAUGCUCGGGAACCGAAUCAGCUUGAUCCAAGGCCCGCCUGGCACCGGCAAAACUCGGACUAUCGCCGAAGCUGUCCACCUUCUCAAGUCACAUUUCAAGGUACAUCAGCCAAUCCUUUUGACAGCGCACACAAAUGUUGCAGUCGACAAUCUCGCCGAAGGCGCUGUCAACCGUGGACUCAAGGUCGUGCGUACCGGCGCGUCUGCCAGGACACGACCGAAGCUACGAGAGCACAGCUUGGAAGCUUUAGCGGGCCAGCAUCCCCUCAUGCCGGAACUGAUCGACGUGCGGCGCCACAUUGCUCGUCUGCAACUCAGGCUCGGCUUCUCGCUGGAUUCCGAGGAGGGGGGCGACGCAGACAGUCUUGGAAGGACGAUUGGAGUGCCCAUUGAAGCCUCGGGAUUCACGAUGGCAGCCCAACCAGAGCGUUUGACAUCAGCGCAGGCUGCGGAUCUGCGUGGAAAGCUUGCGCGCGGGUACCGGCACGCGUAUGUCCUGUGGCGACGAAUCACGCGCAGCAUUCUCCUCCAAGCCGAUGUCAUCUGCGCGACAGCCGUCAGCUCCUGCUCGAACGACCUCGAACAGAUCGACUUCCCGGUUGUCUUCUUCGACGAAGGUUCGAUGGCGACUGAGCCGACAUCGCUCAUUCCUCUGAUCAAGGGCUGUCAACAUCUGGCGAUUAUAGGCGACCACAAGCAGCUUCCCCCAGUGGUGGCCAGCCUAGAUGCCAAGCUGGGAGGGCUUGGUAUAAGCCUGUUCGAGCGCUUGAUCAACGAGAAGGCCGCGCCAUCUGUCAUGCUUAAUGAGCAGUAUCGCAUGCAUCCCGCCAUUGCAGAAUUUCCGAACGAAACCUUUUACGAAGGCGCACUGCUCAAUGCCUUGCGCACUCACGGCAUCGCUCCGUUGCACUCCAGAUUCUUCCGCGCCGAAAUGAACGCGCAAUCGCGUACUUCAACGUCAGCUGCAGGUGCAACUACGGCCGCGCUGGGGCCUACACACCACUAUCUCAGCUUUGUCAACCAUACCGGCACGGAACGGAAGGUAGAUGACAGCGUUCAGAACAGGGCAGAAGCGAAGCUGACCAUGCAGGUGGUGGUGGACCUGCUGCUGCGCAAUCCUGAACUACAAGGACACCAAAUCGGCAUCGUGACACCGUACCUGGCGCAGGUGUUGCUGCUGGAGAGCCUGCUGCGCGGCAACCUGAAGCAGAGCUGGGCCGAUCAGUUGGGCCCGCGAGCGUCGGCUCUGGGGGAGGUGGAUGUCCACACGGUCGACGGAUUCGAAGGGCGGGAGAAGGCGGCGAUCAUCUUUUCGACGGUGCGAUCGAACUCGGACGGUUACGUUGGCUUCCUGGCCGAUGCGCGUCGCUUAAAUGUUGCAUUGACACGUGCACAGCGAGCGCUGUUCGUGCUGGGCGACCUGCGCACGCUGGACAGUGCCAAGGUGGGCGACGUGGGCAUGCAGACGAUCGGUGCGGCGGACCUAGAUGCGCUGCGGGCUUAUGCCAAGUAUGUCAGGGACAAGGAUGUGGUCGUUGAGGCGAGGGACGUGCUUGCUACGAAGAACGGGCCGUGAAAUGGAGAUGAUACCCGAGCAAUUGCGCCGGUCCACCAUAGACGUGGCUUCUGCGAAUGAUCAUAUUCCAUUUCUGUGCG